AUGUCUCGGUCACCAGGAAGAAAGCAAGAGAACCACAAAAUAAGCAGAGAACUUUUUGUCCUCACAUAUGGGGCUUUGGUAGCCCAGCUGUGCAAGGACUAUGAAAAAGAUGAAGAUGUCAAUGCCUGUUUAGAUAGAAUGGGAUACAGCAUCGGCAUAAGGCUGAUUGAUGACUUUUUGGCCCGUUCAGCUGUGAAAAAGUGCCGUAGUUACUCUGAAACUGUAGACAUGAUUGCACAGGUUGCUUUCAAGAUGUACCUUGGGGUCACCCCUAGUGUGAGCUGCAAUAGUGCCACAGGAAAUGAAUUCUCCUUAAUCCUGGACAAAAACCCACUAGUGGACUUUGUGGAGGAGCUGCCAGCAGAACGAGCGUCACUUUGCUAUUGUAACCUCCUCUGUGGGGUGAUUCGAGGUGCCUUGGAAAUGGUUCACUUAGCAGCAGAAGUUUCCUUCCUGCAGGACAGGCUGAAGGGCGAUGCUGUGACAGAAAUAGGAAUUACAUUUUUAAGGAAGCCUGAAGACAGAAAGCACAGAAGGAACAAAUGAAAGAAAUAUUGGGAGAAACUCUUACUGUGGGAUAUUUUGUGCCUUUUGUUUCAGAAGAAGACAGGGUAAAAAUGUCUUUGCUGCACUAGUCACCUGGUUAAAAGGUGAAGAGAGCUGGGCAAAGAGGAGGGGCAGGGCAGGGGAGAGCAAUGUUAAUUGUUGUGACACAGGUAUCAGUUAAAAAGAAAAGAUCUGGCCUUCCUUCUCACAUACCCAGGCUCUUGAGCUUAAUGAAAGUUUUAUCUCAGUAUUUAGUGUUUGGUAAAUAUUCAUCUGUAGAUCAACUGUUUUCAGGUAAAGCUGAUGACCUUUCCCCAUUUUAUCAGUAAUGUUUCAAAGCAUGGCUGCUAGAGGCACUUUAUUUCCCUGGCUGUGUGUGCUUAUCCAGAAAGAAUUCCUCUGCUGUGAUUGAUGUAUGCAGUGUCUCGCUUACAGGUACAUGUUUUGAUGCGUAAUGCUUUGCCAUUCAUUGUCCUCCACACUGUACAUCCUGCUGCCUUUGAAACCAGGGAGGGAUGGGUCUUCACUGAUGCUGGUUGUGUUCUUUCCAGCUCUUCAGGCACCACAUGCAGUUUUGCUGGCGCUCCUGUUCAGUCCUGUGCACGCACCAGGCUGCAGCACUCUGACAAGUGCAGCAAUGCAUGUGUCUCACAAAGCUAUGGGACUUUUCAUGUCAGCCUUCUCUCCAAGAGCACUGAUCUUGUGACCAAACUGAACAAAGCAUGAUGUAUUUAACGUGUAGCCAUUGUUGAUCUGCACCUGCCUAAGGAAACUUGAAUUAAAAUUCUGAGUUUGCCACACAA